UUGAAUUUGAAACAAUUACCCACAUAUUCAUUAACACUUUAGUGUAAACGACAAGUGAAUUUAAACAAACAUGGAUUUCGACACCGCUACCGAAAAAGCCAAGUCUUUCACCAAGACUCCCCCAGAUAAUGUAUUCUUGGAAUUCUAUGGUCUUUACAAACAAGCCACCGCUGGCGAUUGCAACAGCGAUAAACCCGGUGUUUUGGACUUGAAGAACAAAGCCAAAUGGGAAGCCUGGAACAGCCAUAAGGGCAUGAGCCAAGAUGCUGCCAAGGCUGCUUAUAUUGCUGCCUAUGAGAAAUAUGCUCCUCUUUAUGCUUAAAUUAUGGAUUAGACUUCUUUUUAAUGACUAGGACCCUGUAAAUAUGUGAUAAAUAAAAUAAUUGUUCUAAAACUACACACUCACCUUGA